AUGGCCCAGCUGCGCCCGCGGUGGCUGCCCGAGCCGCUGCCGCCGCUGCUCACCGCGCGCCUGCGGGCGCGGCGGGCGGGGGAGCCGUGCGUCUUCUCGCUCGGCGGGGUGCUCUGCGCUGGCGCCGAUGCUGCGGAGCUGCGGGUGAGCUGCGCGCCCGCGGGCCUCUGCCUCGAACCCGGCGGGGCCGAGCGCCUCGACCUGCGCCUCACCACGGAGCUGCGCGGCGUGCCCGCCGCGGGGAGGCUGUGGGGCCUGGUCGGCUGUGGCGGCCGCUGGUGGUUCCAGAAGGUGCGGCUGCCGGUUGUGCGCGGCGCGCUCCAGGAGUUCCACGAGAUGGUGCACGAGCAGAUGACGCUCUUCUACGUCGCCGCACUUGCGGGCUGA